AUGGAUGAACGUCACUGGUGGGUUGCAUCAAAAGUUGAACAAACAUUUGGUAUUGAUAAAACUUCAACUGUUGAUGCAUCAUUUAUCGAAUCAUUCUUUCGUCGACCUGAUGUACUUGAAAAAAUGAAUAGUUUUUUAUUUGCAAAAGGUUCAAAUAAAUUAUUUUUUUAUACAACACGUGAUCGUCUUUAUUCAAAAGAUAUAACAUGUUGUCUAACUAUUGUUGAUGAAUAUACUCUUGUCAAUGAACCAUUAGAUAAUAUUAUUUUAUUAUACUUUAUUCGUUCGGAUACAAGUUCAGAUGCAACUAUACCACCUGCAUCGGAUAUUUAUUGUGGAGAAAUAAAGCAUUCAGCACAAAUGACAUCAUUACUUUAUUCACAAACAUUAUUACCAUUAUUUAAGAAAGAAUUAUCACCUAAUUCUAAUGAUAGUUAUAAUCAAACAACUACAAAAGCAGCUAUAGUAGCUCAAAUGGAAAGACAUAUUGAUGGAAUUAGUGCAACAUGUCAUUCUUUACAAAAAGAUAAGAAUUUACUGUUAAAACGAGUUGAUGCUGAAAUGAUAGGUCAAUUAAAACAAACUUCACGGUCAACUGCUGAUAGUCCUGUUAUUCGUAAUUGUGAAGCAUUAGUUUUAUCAUGGAUUUCAACAAUUGAAAAUGUUCUUCAAGAUAUAUUUGGUGAAGAUUCAAUGCAUCCAUCACUUGGUCCAUUAAGUGAAAUUGAUCGAUGGACACGUAAACAACGUUUAAUUAAUAAUUUACUUGAACAAUUAAAAUCUAAAGAAUGUAAAGCAGUUAUUGGUGCAUUAAUUACAUCAAAAUCAAAAGUUAUUCGAAAAUGGAAAGCAAUCGAUGUUUCUAUAACUGAAGCACAAAAUGAAUGUCGUGAUAAAACAAAAUUUCUUGAAUCAAUUCGUCGUUAUUUAGAAAGUUUAACUGAAGAUGCACAUCCACAAAAUUGUGCUGUUAAUAUUUUACCUGCUUUAUGUGAUGCUAUGAGAACUGUUGAAUCAGUAUCAAGAUAUUAUGCUAGACAAGGUUAUUUAGGCUUAAUUUUUACAAAAGUUACUAAUCAAUUAGUUAAAAUUUGUAAAUAUUAUGUUGGUGAUGAUUUAACACAACUUUGGUCAAAACUUUUUAAUGAAAUUCUCGAUGGAGGAUUAAUUGAUGAUAUUAAAGAAAAUUUUCAUCUUGAUAAACGAGAUGUAAAACGUUUUCGUGAAGUUCCAAAAGGAUCAAUACCAUUAGAUACAAAUUCAAUUAAUGAAAGUACAUUUCAGCGUUUAAAAAAUUGUCUUCUUUUACAAGCAUCUUACAAAGAAACAUUUCGUACUUUACGAGAUGCACUUGGUGGUUCACAAAUGUUAACAACUACAGCUUUUUCAGCCACAUCAUCAUCAUCAUUAAGUGGAACAACGAGUGCUCAGCCACAGGAUCAAAGUCAUUCAAGAUAUCAUUAUACUCGUUCAAGUGGAAUUUUAAUGUCACAAGAUGAAAAAAUUUUUCAACAUUUCGAUGAAUUCUGUCGUCGAGUUGAACAAAUGCUUGAUAUGACAGUUACACUUAAUCAAUUAUCACAACUCAUUACUUCAACUGCUCGAUUACCUAAACCAAAACGAACAGAUUUAAUUGAUGCUGAAUCUGUCGCAAAUCGUACAGAUGCUCGAGCACGUAAAGACAAAGAAGACGAAGAAGAAGAAGAUUAUGAUAAUAAUAAUAAUAAUGCUGAGAAUGCUUCAGAUGAAGGUAUUGAUGAUGCAGGUAGUGAUUCAGGUGCAACACCAAAUGAUUAUCUUAUUUCAACUGUAUCAAAACCUGAUCUUGAAUUGAUGAAACAAUAUUGUGAUGAUGAUUCUGUAUCAUUAAGUGGAUUUAUUGCUAAUGGUGUUGAACGACUUAGAUUAAUUUUAACAAAUAAUACUAUUAAUCCAUCAAAUGAAGAUGAAAAAACAAAAUUUGAUUUAAUUCAUAAACAAUUUACUUCAUUAACACGUGAAUUAGAACAAUUUAUUGGUGCUUAUGUUAAUGUGAUGUUUUCAAAAACAAAACGUACACAUGAAGGUUUAUCUAUUUUAGCAACUUUUGAACCUGUUUGUGAACGAAAUUAUCUUCGUUCAAUUCUUCGUGAUGCUUAUGUUAAUUUAUUUCUUAAUUUUGAGAAUGAUUUAUUGGAUAUUCGAACAACAUUUGAAGCACAUAAAGAUAAUCCACCAAUACCUCGAAAUGCUCCACCUGUACCAGGUGCUAUUGCUUGGUCACGUACAUUAUUAACAAAAAUUGAACAAGCAAUGGAUGUAUUUAAAUUAAAUCGACAUAUUAUUACAUUAGGAAAUUUUCCACUAAUAUCAAAACUUUAUAAUCGUACAGCUAAAGCAUUACUUGUUUAUGAACAAUUAUUAUUAGGACGAUGGAAAGAAAAAAUUGAUGCAUGGAAAGAUCAUUUAAAUGCUAAUUUAUUAUGUUUAGUUAAUGAUAGUGAAGAAAAUAAUAAACGUAUAGAAAUUAAUUCGAAUAUUGAAUUAUUUUCUAUAUUUGAUGAAGUUAAAUGGUUUAAACGACUUGAUGUAGAUAUUCCUAAAGCAGCACUUGUCUGUAUGCAAAAGGAACAAACGUUUAAACAUUACAAAUCUUUACUCGAUGAUCUUCUAACACGUUUUCGUUAUUUACAAUCUCGAAUUUAUCCACCAUUUUAUCCUUUAUUUACAAGUCAUUUGUCACAAGUUUAUCGAGCAUUUGAACCUGGUUUACAUACAAUAACUUGGUCAAGUCUUAAUAUUGAUGCAUAUAUUGCUAAAGUUCAUCGUGCACUUGAUCGUUUUGAAACAUCAAUAUCAAAUAUAAAUACAUUAAUAGCAGAAAAAAUUGAUAAUAUACUUGAUAAUGAAUUAAUGAAUUCAUCAUGUCUUUUAUUUUCAAUUGAUUAUAUUCGUUCAAAAUUAUGGACACCAACAGAAUUUCUUCAAAAUAUGCAUGUACAUUUAAAUGAACAAUCAAUAUUAAUUGGUGAUAAAUUACAUCAAAUUCAACAAACAUUUCAAGAAGUUGAAGAUAUGUUAAAAUUAAAUACAACAGGACAAAAAUCACGUUCAUCAACAUCAUCAACACGACGAGGAAAAACAGCAACACCUGCUGUUACAAAUGAAGCUAUGAUGGAAUUUAUUAGAUAUUAUUAUGAUAAAAUGAAUUUUUGUAUACAAAAAAUAAUUGAACGAACUUUAACAACUUAUAUUGAUUUAGUUUCAAUUACAGAAACAAAAUAUUUAAUUGAUCAAACAAAAUUAAUUCGAUUUUUAUUUGAAGGACAAGAUAAUGAUGAACAAUUAAAUAUUGAUACACAACGAAUUAGAAUUGGUUGUACAAUGCAAUAUGCUAUACCGGAAAUAAUUAUUGAUCCACCAUUAAGUUCAUGUCAAAAAUGUAUUUGUGAUGUUGCUAGUGCAAUUAUUGGUUGUGAAAAACAAAUAAGUGAAUCUGCUGGUUUUGACAAUGAAACUGCUCAUCGUUUAUCUUCAAUAAUCGAAUCAGAUACACAUUUAUCUAGUUUAAUUGAUCGUUUAUCAUCAAUUGAUACAAAUGUAACACGUAUAUCUCAAAGUGGUAUACAAUAUAUUCGUACAUUUGAUUUUCUUUGGCGUGAUGAUUCACAAUUAGAAUAUCAAACAAUUAUUCAACAAGAUGAAAAUGGUGAAGAUUAUACAAUAAUAAUUGAUCCAAAUGCUAUUCCAUCGAUAGAAGUUCGUAAAUAUUUACAAGAUCAACUUGAACGUCUUCUAGGAAUUGAACAACGUCUUAGUAUAUUACCACAUGAAAUUCAAAUUGGUUGUAUUUGUAUUGAAACAAUUCCAAUUAUAAAUUCAUUAAAAACAUUUGUAUUUAGUUGGAAAACUCAAUAUGCUAAAUUAUUACAUAGAUUUGCUAAAUUUGAACUUGAUCAAGUUGUUGCUUAUCGACAACAAGUACAAUUAAGAUUUAAUGAUGAUGUAUCAACACUUGAACAAUUAGAUGAAGCUUUAAUUUUAUUAGAAGAAUUAAGUGAAAUGGAAAAUAAAAUAGAUUCAAUUUAUUUACCAAUUGAAACAACUUAUGCACUUCUUGAUCAAGUUUAUAAUAUUCCAAUUCCACGUGAUGAACUUCAAGAAUGUUCACAAUUACGUGAUAAAUGGUCUGAAUUAAUGUUAAAUGCUGAUCGUGUACGAAGACAAUUAUUACAAGAACGUCGACAACAAUUAGAACAAGAAUUAGAUAAACAAGUUAAAUCAUUUGUUGUUGAAGUUAUUCGUUUUCGAAAUGCAUUUGAUGUUGAAGGACCUAAUGUACCUGAUUUAGGACCAUUAGAAGCAGCUAAACGUUUAAAAGAUUUUCAAGGACAAUAUAAAAUAAUGCAUCGACGUAAACAAACAUUAAAUUCUAUAUCAACAUUAUUUAGUUUACAACCAAAACAAUUUCCUGAAUUAGAUAAAACAGGAGAAGAAUUGGUAUUACUUGAUCAACUUUAUAUAUUAUAUAAAAAAUUUAUUACUUUUGAUACAACAUUUCGUGCAACUCUUUGGUCUGAAGUUGAUUUAAAUCAAAGCAAAAAUGAACUUAAUCAACUUUGGACAGAAUUUUGUGAUUUACCAUCGAAAUUACAAGAACGUAUUUGGACAGCUUAUUUUGAUUUAGAAAGUCAUUUAAAAAAAUAUCUUCAAUUAUUACCAUUAUUAUUUAUGUUAAAUGCACGAGAAAUUCGUAGUCGUCAUUGGUUAAAAGUAAUGCAAAUAACAGGAUGUUCAUUUCAAUUAGAAUCAACUAUAUUUAAAUUAAAUGAUCUAUUAGAUAUAUCAUUAGAUAAAUAUCAAAAUGAAAUUGCUGCUAUUUGUUUUUCAGCACGUAAAGAACUUGAAUUAGAAACAAAAAUGCGUAGUAUUGAAGAAGAAUGGACUGAACAAAUACUUAAUUUUGAACCAUAUAAAGAUUAUGGUUCAAUAUUAUUAGAAAAACGUUAUGUUGAAAAUUUACUUGAACAUUUAGAAGAUGGUGAAGAAACUCUAGCUCAAAUGCUAACAACACGAUAUAUUGAACCGAUGCGUGAAGAAGUAGCAUCAUGGGCUGAAAAAUUAAAAGCUAUUGGUGAAAUUCUUGAACUUUGGCUUGAAGUUCAAGAUAUGUGGUUAGGUGCUGAAAAUAUAUUUAAUAAUCCAUCAGCUGGAAAAGAUAUAUCAUUAGAAUCUAAACGCUUUGUACGUGUUGAUAAAACAUGGUUAAAAACUCAACGACAAUCAUCUGAAAUUCGUAAUGUUUUACAAUGUUGUUUAAGUAAACCACCAAAAAAAGGUAUAUUAAAAGAAAUGCAAAAAGAAUUAGAAAUAUGUAAUAAAUCCAUAUCAUUAUAUUUGGAUCGAAAACGUCAAAUAUUUCCACGUCUUUAUUUUCUUACUAAUCGUACAUUAAUAUCAUUAUUAAGUCGACAAGAUACAAUUUAUUAUGUAAAACAACAUUUUCAAUCAAUAUUUAAUGGAAUUCGUGAUCUUAAAUUAUCUGUUACAAAUAUUGAUCAACCAAAAGUAGAUGAAGAACGACGUGCUACAGCUACAAGUGAAUCUCGUUCUCAUUCCGAAUUUGUUGUUAUAACACAACAGGAUAUUAUACAAGUAAUGAGUGAUGAUGGUGAAUGUAUUCGUUUACAAGAAUCUGUUGCUGAAACACUACGAACGGAUAUAUCUUCAUGUAUUAAAGAUCUCGAUAAUGGUUUACCAUAUGAAGAACUUGUUUCUAAAUAUACAUGUCAAGUAUCAUUAGUAGGAUUAUUAUAUGCAUGGACACGUGAAGUUGAAACAGGUUUUAUUGAAUGUAAAAAUGAUCGAAAAGGAUUAAAUACAGCAUCAAAACAUUUUUCAUUAUUAAUUCAAAAAAUACCAACUGUAUUAUCACGUUUACAAUGGAAAACACCAUCACAACCAUUUGCGGCAUAUUUACGUGAUAAUUUCGAUGCACUUGGUUCACGUCGUCGUGAAAUAACACAAAAAGAUUUUGAUUGGCGACGAUGUUUUCGAGUUUAUCAACAAACAUCUCCUUCAGGAUCAGAAUCAAAAUCUAGUGAUAGUAGUGUAACAUCAUCAAAUAUUUCCAGUGAACCAAUUCGUAUUCAAGUAAUGGAUGAUGUAUUUUCUUAUGGUAAUGAAUUUUAUGGAAUUCAUCCAACAUUAUGUAUUGCACCAACAACAGAAAAAUGUUUUCUUGGUAUAUGGCUUGCUUUAUCAUUUAAACGACCUGUUCUUGUACAAGGAAAUGCAGCUGUAGGAAAAAAAUAUACAAUUACGAGUUUGGCUCGUUUUCUUGGUCGAUUUGUUGCUACAUUUGAAUGUUCUCAACAUGUUGAUGCAUCAGCUGCUUGUAUGUUUACAAUUGGAUUAGUAUCGGAUGGAUGUUGGGGUAUUUUUAAUAAUAUUCAUACUUUAACAGUUAAUGUUUUAUCUCCACUUGCUGAAUAUAUAACACUAAUUUCUGAUGCUCUUCGAACAAAUAAUUCAGCUGCAACAAUAAUUUCUGAAAGCAAAGAGGUUCCAAUUCGAUUAUCUGUUGGUAUAAUAGCAACACGUAAUACAUUGGCUAUUAAUCCAAAUACUGGCAAUUAUACAAUUUUAUUAUCUGAAAUUCGAUCUCGUUUUCGUAUGUUUUCAAUAGUUAAACCAGAUGUUGAUCAAAUUUUUCGUAUAAAAUGUUUCGAAUAUAAUUUUAAAAAUUCAAAUGUUAUUGCUGAAAAAAUUUCGCUUCUCUAUGAAACAAUUCGAUUAUAUUUACCGAUUGAACAACGUUCAAUUAUUUCUUUAACAUCUUUUAUUGAUCUAUUUCAAUAUGUAAAUAAUCUUAAAAAACGUACUAGUUCAAGACCAACUAGUAUGGCAUCAAGUGGACAGAAAAUUGAUGAUGUUAAACGUUCUUUAACAGUCAAAACACCUUCUUAUGUUGGUGCAAAAUCUGAUCAAUUAUUAAUGGCUCAAGCAUUUAUUGAUGUUAUUGGUGCUCGAUUGAGUCCUGAUCAUGCAAAAACUUUUCGAAUAUUUGUACUUGAAAUACUUGUUGGACGAGAUGAAUCAAAAAUGACAACAUUAAAUUCAACAAGUGCUAUACUCGAUAAAAUUAUAAGUGAUAAAGCAGCUGAUCAUGAUUUCAUACCAAAAAAACUUUGGAUUGGAAAAUGUGUACAAAUAGUUCAUGCAGCAAAUGUUUCAAAAGAUAUGAUUUUAUGUGGAUCAACACAUAGUGGUAAAUCAAGUGCAGCUAUAUUAAUGAUUGAUGUAUUAACACAAAUGCAACAACAACAACAAUUACAAACAUCUGUUCAACAACAACAAAGAAGUUCAUCGACACCACAAGAAUCAAAUUAUGCACAAGACAUUGCUGCACAAACACAUAAACUCUAUCGAAUUAAUCCAUUGUCUAUUGAAUCUGAAAAUGUUUUACUUGGUUAUCAUACAUUAGCAAAUGAUUGGCAAGAUGGUAUUCUUACAACAAUGUUACGUAAAGCUAAUCGAAAUUGUCAUACAAGUUGGAUUUGUUUUGAUGGAAUAAUAAGUCGAACAUGGGCUGAUUUAUUACCAUCAAUAUUAGAAAAAGAAUCAUCAUUACAAAUACGUAAUGGAGAUAAAUUAUUUUUACUUGAUCAAGUUAAAUUUAUGUUUGAAACAUUAUCAUUAGCUGAUGCAUCACCCUCAUUUGUUGCUAAUUCAACUGUUAUUUAUUUCGAUAAAUCUGUUAUUGAUUGGAAAGUUAUUGCAGGUGCUUGGCUUAAAGAUCGACGUCAAUUAGAAGUUCAAUGUCUUCGAGCUUGUUUUGAUAAAGUAAUGGAUCCAAUAAUGACAUUUCUUAAAGAAGAAUGUUCACGAUCAAAUUAUUAUUCUGAAACAAGUUUAUUUUCGAUUAGUCUUCGUUUAUUAGAUGCUAUACUACGUGAUAGUACUCAUGUCACAACUGAUGUUCAUGUUGAACGUUUUUUUAUAUUCAGUUUAACAUUUGUUCUUAAAGCUAUACUUAAUUCUGAUGAACAAAAACGUUAUUCAGAUAUAUUAAAAACUUAUGUUACAGUUUUACCAGAUGAUGAUAGAGAAAUAUCGGUAUUUGAUUAUUAUGUUGAUGAAUCAUUUGAUGAACUUAAUGAAAAUAUUCAAGAUCGUAUUGAUGUUUUUGGUAAUGUACUUGUACAAACAGUUGAUUUAGCUCGUGCACAUUAUUUUCUUAAAUAUGCUUCAUUAGCACAAGUUAAUAUUUUACUUACUGGUACAACUGGUUCAUGUAAAUCAUUUUUAUUAGAUACAUUUCUUAGUGGAUUAGAUCAAGCACAUUUUAUGGCAACACGUUUAAAUUUUUCAAAGGCAACAAAUUCUGUUGAUUUACAAAAAUUUAUUGAAGCUAAUGUUGUUCAUCGACAAGGUUUUACAUAUGGUGCUCCAUUAGCAAAAAAACUUUGUUUAUUUAUUGAUGAUUUACAAGCAUCAACAACAAAUGGAUUAGAAAAAUUUAAAAAUGCUCCUGAAUUUCUUCGAACACUUGUUGAUCAUCAUCAAUUUAUAACACAACAAAAACCAUAUGAAAGACGGAUCAUUGAUGAUUUUUCGAUAUUUGCUACAGCUACAAUAUCAUCAACAAAUGAUCAAUCAUUAUUUACACUUCAUCCUCGAUUACUUCGUCAUUUUGCAACAAUUAAUUUACCAACAGUAACUGGUACAGGUCUACGUCAAAUUCUAACGAAUGUUAUUGAUAUAAAUAUGAUGGCAUAUGGUAAAACUCCAAUAAAUAAUGAUAUUUCAUCAAAAAUAGUUGAUGUUUUAACUGAAAUACUUCAACGUGUUCUUCAACCAAGUCCAAUAUCUGGACGAGAACAUUAUUUAUUUUCAUUACGUCAUAUUAUGGUUGCAAUACAAAGUUUAAGAAAUAUUGAUGUACAAACAAGAAAUCAAACAACAUUUUUAGCACCUUUUCUUAAACAUGAAUUAUAUAGAAUUAUUCAUGAUCAAAUUGUUCGAGAAAUUGAUCAAUAUUGGUUUACUGAUACAAUAAAUGAAAUAUUUCGAAAUGUAUUUUCUUGGGAAAAAAAUGAAGAAGAUCAUCUUUAUUUUACAUUUCCACUUGAAGGAAGAAGUUAUGAACGUCCACUUAGUUCACUUAUAAUUAAAGAAAUUAAAAUUCAAAUUCAACCAGUUGAAUCACUUAGUCAACUUCGUAAAGCAAUUGAUCAAGUUGCAAUGCGUUAUAGAGAAGAAUUUGGUCAUCAUACAUUUUCAUUACCAGUUUCAGAAAAUAUAGCUUUACAUAUAAUACGUAUGCAUCGAAUUUUAUGUCAUGCAUCUUUGAGUAAUUUAUUUGUUAUUGGUACAAUUGGCUCUCAUUUAUCAAAAUUAGUUCGAUUAGCAUUUUAUUUAGCAGAAAUUCAAGAACAUACUAUUGAUUAUUCAACAAAAAGUUUAUUUUAUGAUAGUUUAAGAGGUGUUAUUAGAACAACAGCUGUUGAAGGACGACAUAUUGGAAUUUUACUUACAGCAGUAAUUAAUGCAUAUAAACGUGAUCAAAAUUUAACAACAGUUGUUAUAAUUGAUCCACGACGAUAUUUUCUUUCAAGAAUUCGUCAACAUCUUCAUAUUGCUAUUUGUUUACCAGCACAUAGUGAACUUCUUAGUCGUAUAUCUACUGACUAUCCUGGUUUACUUAAAAAUACUCAAGUUUAUUGGAUAAAAAAUUGGUCAACAUCAGCACUUUAUGUUGAAGCAUCAUUUUUUCUUUCAUCACAUGAUACUAUUCUAUCAGAUGAUCUUCGUCAACGUUUAUCUCGUUGUUUAUGUGAAAUACAUUAUUAUAUGUUAAAUGAAUCACGUCAAAUAUCAUUUGUUGGUACAACAGAUCGAACAAUAAUUGUUCGUGAAAAUGCACCAAAUCAAACAUCUUCAGUAGGAGGAACAGAAACAAAAGAAUCAAAAAUGAUUGAUAUUGAAUUACCAAAUUAUCCAUAUUCACGAAUACUUUUAUAUGAACAAAUAAAAAAUCAUGGUGUAGGUAAAUCAUCAUCAACAUCAUCAUUACAUGCAUAUAUUGGACCAGAAACAUUUCGUCAUUUUAUGCAAUCAUUUUGGUAUUUAUUUACAUCAAAAGCAGCUGUUUGUGAACGUGAUAUAAUAAGAUUAAGUAAAGUUUUAAGUACAUUAAAUAAAACACGACAAGAUGCUGAACAUAUGAGAGAAUAUAUUCAACAAUUAAAAGAAAGAUGUUUAACUAGUGAAAAAGAAACAGCAUUACUUUUAGAAGAAGUUAUUUAUAAAUCAAUGAUUUUAGAAAAAUUAAGAGCUAAACAUGGAUUACCUGGAUCAUUACCAGGUUAUAUUCAUCGAGAAGAAAAAGAUGAUUUAAUAUUACCUGAAGAAGAAAGAAAAUGGCUUUUAGAUGAUGAAGCAGAUGAAUAUGAAGAAAAUUUUAAACGAAUGAAAGAAGAAUCAUUAAGAUCUCGUCAAGUUAAAAUGCAAGAAGAAUAUGAAGAAUCAUUACGUGAAGUUGAAAAAUGGCGUGAACGAUUAGCAACUAAACUUUUAACAUUAAUUGGUCGAAAACCUGCUAUUAGAUCAGAAGUUAAAGAUCAAGAAAAAGAGAGAGGACCAGGAAGAAUGCAAGCUGAACGUCUUGAUCGUAAUCAAUGGAAACAAUAUACAGCAUUAAUGGCUGAUUCAGGUAGAUUUGUUGAUAUGUUACAUGGAAUAAAUUGGCAAGAUGGACUUAAUCUUGAUGUUGCUAAUGCUGUUGAAUCAUAUAUUGCAAAAGGUCGAGAUGGAGUAUCUGAAGGAAUUACAGGUGAAGGUUCUCUAUUAGAAAAUGCCAAAAGUUUUCAUGUUCCUGCUGUACGUGGUUCUAGUUCACAAGAAAAUCGUAUAACAUUAGCUGCUGCUCGUUAUGCAUCUGAAGAAGCAGCAGCACUUGUUCAUUAUGUUAUUGCUCUUAUAGAAUAUACAAAAUUAUGUCAACCAUUACGUUUAGCUAAACAAAAAGUUGAAAAACUUAAACAAGAUUUAUUUGAAGCUGAGCAAAAACAAUUAGAAAAAGAAAAUGAAAUUCAACGUUUAAAAAUGAUGGAAGCAAGUCUUCAUACAGAUUUUAAUGAUAAUGAUCAUCGUAUGGUUGAUAUAUCAAAAUAUACAAUUGAUGAUUUACCACGUUUAAUAAGUGAACUUGAAGAAGCACAAAAUCGUUUUGAUACUGCAGCUGUUAAUAAAAGUAAAUUAAAAAAAGAAUAUGAAAGUUGUCAAACACGUUUACAAGCUGCUGUUAAUGUAACACAAAGUUUAUCUGAUUUGGAAGAUCAAUGGACAAAAUGGAUUGCUGAACAUUCAACACAUGAUCAAACUUUAACAAAUUGUAUAUUAGCAGCUUCUUAUAUGACUUAUUGUUCACCAUUUGAUGCAGAGUUAAGAAGAAUAUUAUGUCAAAAAUUUGUUACAUUCUGUGAACAAUAUCAAAUUCCUCGAGAAGCUGAUUUAGUUUUUCAACCAAUACCAAUUGAUGCUAUGGCGAAAACUUCUCUUGAUUUUUCUUAUACAUUACAUAAUCAAUCAUUAGAUUCACCAGGAACUACGGCACGUAAUAGUCGAUCGAAUUCACCACAAAUAACAACACUUGCAGAAUUUUUAUAUAAUCCAAUUGAAUUAAAAGAAUUUCAACUUCUACGUCUAAUAGCAACAGAUAUAAUGACUGAAAAUGGAUGUAUUAUUAUGGCUGAUGCUGGUCUUAGUGCAUGGCCAUUAAUAUGUGAUGCAACAUGGUAUUCAAUUGAAUGGAUUCGUUUAUUUUUAAAAAAUAAACAAUUAAUUGUUGUUCGAUAUCAUCAAUUACGUACUCAAUUAGAAACUGCAUUAUCUGAAGGACUUCAUCUUUUAUUAACAGAUUGUGAUACAAAUACUGUGAUGGCAAAUGAAAAACUUGAAACAGUUAUAAGAAAUCAAGCUCGAUUUUUAUCUAGUGAAAAACCAUUUAAAUUACAAAUAGGUCAACAAGAAAUUGAAUGUAGUCCUAAAUUUAGACUUUAUAUGCAUACUAUUACUCAACCAGUUUGUAUCCCGAAAGAAUUAGCAGCUUAUACAUUAACAUUGUGUUUUCAUGUUACAUUAAAUGAUCUUGAGGAAAUAUUUUUAGGUCGAUUUAUGAGUAAAGAAAAACCGCAUAUUGAUGCUGAACAAUAUGCAUUAUUACAGGAAAAAGUUGAUAUAUUAAAAAUUAUUGAUCCAUUACGACAAAAUAUAACAAAUUUUCUUGCGUCAGAUUCAUUAAAUUUAUUAUAUAGUGUUGAACCAACAAAACGUUUAUCAGAUUUAAAAAAAGCUUAUGAUGAAGCUAUUGAAGGAUCUCAUCGAGUUGCAGUACAAGAAGAAAAUUUAUUUAAAACUCGUAAUAGUUAUAGAAAAUUAGCUCAACGAGCAGCUACUUGUUAUAAUAUAAUGCAUUAUUUACGACAACUCUUACCUGAAUAUGUUAUGCCACUUGAACAUUUUAUUGAUUUAUUUGAUUCAUGUAUUUUUCAAUCAGAAAAACAUUCAAUGGGUACUGUAAUGACAGAUAUAACUAAAAAUGCAUUUAUAACAAUUUAUCGAAUAUUAAAUGAUCAUGAUCGACGUGUUUUUGCGAUUUAUUUUGCAAUGGAAAUCGAAUCAUUUAAUCGUCGUCAAAAUCAACAAUUAGAUUUAAAUAUUCCAACUGGUGAACGUGAAUUUAUUAUAUCACCAACAUGGGCUAUUGCAUUAUUACAAAAACGUGGAGCUCGUCUACCAAAUGAACAUCGUUUUUGGUCAUAUAAAAAACCAUUUGAUUGGAUGACAGAUGAAGCAUAUCAAAAUCUUCAAUAUUUAGCUAUAUUUUUUGAUUGGUUUUCUGAUGGAUUUGAACGAAUGGGAAAAGAAGGUCAAGAAGCUAAAUGGCGUCCAUUAUGUGAAGGUGAAACAGAAAAUUAUCCAUUACCAUCGCCACUUGAACAACUUGAACCAAUACAAAAAUUUUGUAUUGUACGAGCUUUAAGAAGUGAUCGAUUACUUCAAGCAUCAACUGUUUAUGUUACAAAUGUUUUUCAUCAAGAUUCACAUAAAACAAAAUCUUUAACACAAGAACAUAAUCCUCAUCAAACAACAUCAUCAUCACAAACUUCAUCAACAUCUCGAUCAACAACAAUACCAGUAUCACCAACACUUCAACAAGAUGCUGAUUUAUUAACACGUCAAAGUGGUCAACGAUCUAUUUUAUUAUUUUAUGAUGAUGAACCAGAUGAAGUCGUAAAUUUUUUCUUAUAUUGUACAAAUUUAAUUCAAACAGAUUCAUCAAUAACAACACCAACAUUUCAAAUUGUUAAUAUUUAUGGUAAUGGAGCAAAUGAAGAACGAAUAUUAAAAAAAACUUUUAAUAAAGCAUUAACACAUAAUAUUUGGCUUUUACUUCAUUGCGUUCAUAAUAAUCCAUCAUUUUUAUCUUAUGUUGAAACAUCAUUAUGGGAACUUCGUUCGAAACGUUCAUCAUCAACAUCAACAAUGCCACGUAUUUGGCUUAGUAUUCAACGUACAUAUUCAUUUCCAUCUUCACUUUAUAAUUUAUGUUUAAUUGCUUAUAUUCGUACACCAUUAUCAAUGAAAGAAGCAAUGACACGAGCAUUUUCUUUAAUUGAUAAUGAUCUUCUUCGUCAUUCAAGUAAACCAGAAUGGAUACCAUUAUUACAUAAUAUUUGUUAUCUUCAUUGUUUACUUAAUCUUCGUACAAGAUUUUCUCAAGCUGGUUGGGAUUUACCAACAUUAACAUCAUUUACAAAUGUUGAAUUAACAUCAGCUUUUCAAGUAGUUGCUAGAGAAUUUGCUUUAAGUGAUCAAUCAAUUGUACGACUUGAAUCAGCUCAUACAAGUAGUGCUGUAUCAACUGAAGCAAAUAUUCGACCAUUAUCUUGGACAUCAAUUCGUUAUGCAUUAUCAGAAUUAAUUUAUGGUGCACGAGCAUUAAGUGAAUAUGAUCAACGUGCUAUUGCAAAUAUAGUAGAUUUUUGGAUUCAACCAGGGUCAAUUAAAAGAGAUUUUGAAUUUUCAAAAAUAAAAUAUAAAAUUCCAUCGAUAUUUUUUGCACAACAACCAAAAUUAAGUCAAUUACAACAAGCACUUGAAUCACUUUCUAUUCAUCAACUUGAUGCACCAGAAGCAUGUCAUCUUCAUUCAACAAAUGAAACAAAUCUCGGUGAUGAUCUACUAAUUAUUAAUCGUCUUAAUCGAAUACUUGAUGCUUUACCAGCAAAUAUUUCUCUAAGUGCAGCAGUUCAUCAACGACCAAACACACCUGUUGAAGAUGUAACAGUUAAUACAUCUUUGUCAUCUUCAAAUGCAGCACCAACCUCAUUCAGUUCGGCAGCACUUUAUUCAUUUUCAACAAAAAAAGCAGUUGCAUUAGAAGAAUAUUCUGCUACGAUAUUAGCGUCAAAGCUACCUAAAGUAUUAACAAAGGAUCAAAUAUUGGAUCGUGCUCGUCGUAAUGGCACACCGAUUCAAAGUCCAUUUAAUGUAUGGAUUGUGCGUGAAGCACAGCUAAUGACUGAUCUUGUAACUCUUAUUCGUACACAUUUACAAUCGAUCAAGGCUGCUUGUGAUUUGAGUCAAUUAGGUACACAAUGGUCCGUAGAAUUAGCUAAUGUAGCACAUGCUUUAUACUAUCAACGAAUACCUGAUGCUUGGCGUGAAAUGAUUGGUCCAAGUGCACCACCACCAACUUGGGGUUUAAAUAAUUUCUUUCCUGAUUUUAUUAUGCGAGCUGAACAUAUUGAAAAAGUACUUACUAAAGGUCGUGAAAAACAUCCAGCUUAUAAUUUAUCUGCAUUUUUUCAUGCUUCAUCAUUAUUUGGUAUAUUUAAACAAGAAGUAGCACAUGCACUUAAUUUUUCUGAUGAUGUUAACAAUGGUUCUCUUAUAUUUCAAUGUGAAUUAACACCACGUGAUCGUGAACAUAUUCGUGAACCACCUAAAGAUGGUCUAUUUAUAUUUGGUCUUUAUUUAUGGGGUUGUAGUUCGGAUAAAAAUGCUGUUGAACAUGGCAUUUCUGACGCUCCAGCUAGAAAUCGUGAUGCAUAUUCAUCCUUACCUGUGAUGCAUCUAACAUGUGUUUCAGCAGAAAAAGCUUCUCAAUCAGUUUCACAACAACAACAAGGUGCUGAUAUAACAAGUAAUACUCGAGCAACAGCAUUGGAUAUUUAUUCAUGUCCUGUAUUUUAUAAACGUUCACCUGAAAGACGUCCAACAGAAGUUGUUUGUGAAUUAGAUUUAUGGAAAAAGACAACUAAUAUUGGUCAAGCAUCAUGA